AUGAGGGACCCCAAGCUGGAUAUGUAUAUCAAUGCGAGGACUCGACCGCAGACUGUUGAACAAAUGGGGCGGAACAUCCAAGCCAAGUCCGCCCGCGUCAGUUUCGAGCCUCAGGUCGAGGUGUAUGACGCUGCACCGACAGAUUCUCGCGCCCCAUCGAUGAACCAUCACAGCAGAUCUCAGACUGUAACCUUCCAAGGAAAUGGACAUAUCGAUGUUUCGAAUACUCCGGUGUCUGGCGCGACAACUCCGGCGGAACCAGCUCGGCCCGGGCACUUGCCGUUGAGAAGUGCGCGACCGACUCCAACUCUCGUUCGAGCGAAAAGUGAACACUGGAUCCAAAUUGGCCAGGAAAAUGGCGCAGGAGAGGACGAUGGGGAAGAUUUUGAGCUGAGACAUGGCUGGCAAGAGGAAUAUACCUCGAGCGAGUAUCUGAAGCUUUUGAACUCUAAUUUUUAUAUGUAUUUCAAUGAAAAACGCCAUGAUACUGGAGGAUUCCCAAAGGAACAAACAGGUCUUUGGUUAAAUCAGGAUUGGCGCAUGAGAGAUCGCCUCAAGACAGUGUCUGCUGCUCUUGCUAUCUGCCUUAAUAUUGGAGUUGAUCCCCCCGACGUUGUAAAGACGAAUCCGAGUGCGAAGCUGGAGUGCUGGGUUGACCCGACUUCAUCUAGUGGUGCCCAGAACAAAGUGAUGGAACAAAUUGGUAAGAAGCUGCAGGAGCAAUAUGAGACCUUAAGCUUGCGUACUCGGUAUAAGCAAUAUCUGGACCCUUCUGUCGAAGAAACGAAAAAAUUCUGUAUUUCACUACGCAGAAACGCCAAGGAUGAGAGGGUUCUUUUUCACUACAAUGGUCACGGAGUUCCUCUUCCAACCCCAUCCGGAGAAAUAUGGGUGUUUAACAAAACUUACACCCAAUAUAUUCCUGUUUCCUUGUAUGACCUGCAAUCUUGGCUUGCAGGGCCAAGCUUGUUUGUUUUCGAUGUCUCCCACGCUGGCCACAUUGUCACGAAUUUCCAUAAAUUUGUGGAGAAGCAUGAAAAGGAGAAUGCUGAAGUGCGCAGAAAAGAUUCCAAUGCAGCAAUUCAAAAUUAUGGAGACUGCAUUAUUCUUGCUGCUUGUGACAAGACUGAGUCUCUGCCAACAAACCCCGAUCUCCCCGCUGACCUAUUUACCUGUUGCUUAACCACCCCCAUACAAAUCGCCCUAAGAUAUUUUAUGCUCCAAAAUCCACUGCAGUGUGGAGCACCUCCAGAUGAAAUAAAGGUGCCCGGGCGACUUCAAGACCGUCGAAGCCCUCUUGGCGAGCUCAAUUGGAUUUUCACCGCAAUUACGGACACCAUCGCUUGGAACACUUUACCACGUUCGCUCUUCAAAAAACUUUUUCGUCAAGAUCUCAUGGUGGCAGCGUUAUUUAGGAAUUUUCUCCUAAGCGAAAGGAUUAUGAGAACCCAUGACUGCUGUCCGAUUUCUUCUCCCGAACUUCCAGAAACACAUACCCAUCCACUAUGGCAAAGCUGGGAUUUGGCUAUUGAGAUGGUCCUUUCUCAGCUUCCGGCGUUACUUGAACACGAAGAAGGGAAGAAACUUUACGAAUAUCAGCAUUCCAGCUUUUUUUCCGAACAGCUUACUGCCUUCGAGGUAUAUUUGUCUGCAGGGCCUACCGAGAGUAAUCCUCCAGACCAGCUGCCAAUCGUGUUGCAGGUACUCUUGAGCCAAGCGCAUCGUCUGCGAGCUUUAAUUCUCUUGAGUAAGUUCCUUGAUCUUGGCCCCUGGGCUGUUCACCUGGCCUUGAGUAUUGGUAUAUUUCCCUAUGUCGUGAAACUGUUACAAAGCGCUGCUCAGGAGCUUAAACCUGUAAUGGUUUUCAUAUGGGCAAGGAUCAUGGCAGUUGACCAUACGGUUCAGAGCGAUUUGCUCAAGGAUAAUGGUAUCCAUUAUUUCAUUAACAUUCUGAAUCCUGGCACUCCGAUCCCUGUGGGAAAUGUCAGUGAACAUCGUGCUAUGUGCGCGUUCAUCGUUGCCGUUUUCUGCAAAGAAUAUCCCCAGGGACAAAAUGUGUGCCUUUCUCCAGAACUCAUAGAGUUUUGCCUUCACCACCUAACUGAUACCGAGAAUCCGCUUCUGAGACAAUGGUGUUGCCUUUGUUUAAGUAUGUUGUGGUUGAGUUUCCCGGAAGCAAAAUGGAUGGGAAUUAGAUCUUCGGCCCCAUCAAAGCUAUGUAAGCUUGUUUUGGACCCUGUACCCGAAGUACGGGCGGCAAUGCUUCACGCGUUGACAAGCUUCAUCGGAAUACCUGACCUAACAGACCAAAUUGCCCAAACUGAGGAGUAUCUUGCGACCACCAUUGUUCCGAUGGGAAAUGAUGGAAGUGUUCUUGUACGAAAAGAGCUGUUAGUCUUUUUAUCAACCUUUGCUAAGCGAUAUCAAAACAAAUUUUUGGUUGCAGCUUAUGAACAGCUUUUGGAGGAAAAGCACCUUCUUAAACAUAUUGUGUCAGGCUCUAAAGAUACCCAGCCACCACCUCUUCCUGACCGCGGUGUGUCUCACAAUACGAUUCACGGCUCUCUCUGGAGAUUAUUACUUAUAACCUCUGUUGACCCGCAAGAAGAAGUGGCCCAGGAGGCCGCCACCAUUGUCGAUUAUGUAUACAAGACGCUUUUGGAUUCCCCAAUGGGCACACUGGCUCAGACUCUUCGCGAUGAAAUUCUUGAACUACAUAGACGUUCCAAAUCCAAGAGACCCCAAUUUCUCGAGCCUGUCGAAUCGAAAGCAAGCAGACCCGAUACGCCUUCCCAGGCUACAGGGAAGCCAGAAGGAUAUUUUUCAUUAAGUCUACGAAGAACAGCAAGCGUGGCUGCAUCAUUGAAGAAUCUUGCUUUUGGAGUCGCUCCUGCGGGGGACCAGCGUCCUUCUUCGCCACUGAACCCUCCUGGUAAGGCAAUGAUGCCUAAAGGCCGUAUGACAAUUACCCCUCGCGGCCGUGCACCACCUGAAUGGACUCGACCUCCUGAAGUCAACGACCAACCAGUCUCUGCUGGGCAGUAUGGCCAAGCACCCGCGCCGCCUUCUAGGAACUUCAAGACUAGAGACUUAUCGCAAGAGCUAUCGAUUCCGUUAAAAAGUAAAUUUCUCGAUUGGUCUACAGAAUACUUUCGCGAACCUCAAAUGAAGCCCAGCGAGCCAGAUGAGCCAGGAAGUGCCGAUUACAACCAACGUUUAUGGAGACGGGCUAGGAACGAGAGGAUAAUUUUUGAAACCCAACAGAUGAAAGAUAGAGGCGGAAACGGUCGGUGGGAUAUCACAUCGGCUCUAAUGGCCAAUCCUAGUCAGCCUGCAAAAAUGUGUUUUCACCAGUUUGAAGACCAUUUAGCUGUUGCCGAUGAUCGAGACACUAUUUGCAUAUGGGACUGGCAAAGAAAUAGUCGACUUAACCGAUUUUCCAAUGGCAACCCGCUCGGCUCUAGGAUCAAUGAAGUCCGAUUUAUUAACGAGGAUGAUCAAGCUCUAUUGAUGACUGGCUCCUCUGAUGGAGUUUUGAAGAUAUUCCGCAAUUAUGAAUCUGACCGGAGAGUCGAACUUAUUACGGCUUUCCGAGCGCUACCUGAGUUGAUUCCAAGUAAUAAAAACGCUGGCCUUGUUCUGGAUUGGCAGCAGGGACAAGGCAAGGCACUAGUUGCUGGGGACGUGAAAGUCAUUCGAGUUUGGAAUGCAGCAACGGAAGUGUGCACAACAGAUAUUUCUGCUCGAUCAGGCUCUUGUAUUACAUCUCUAACUUCGGACCAAGUUGCGGGCAAUAUUUUCAUUGCCGGAUUUGGUGAUGGUGCCGUUCGUGUGUUUGAUCAGCGCCUGAAAACUACCAAUGCUAUGGUAAAAGUUUGGCGGGAGCACAAACAAUGGAUUACAAACGUACACAUGCAACGGGGCGGGGUGAGAGAACUCAUAUCCGGGAGCCGUAACGGCGAAGUUAAACUCUGGGACUUGAGAAUGGACAGCCCACUUGAUAACAUUCAAUCUACCAAGGACACAUUAAGAACCCUAAGUGUGCAUGAGCAUGCUCCAGUAUUCACUGUUGGCACCAACCGACAUGAAGUCAAAACUUUUAACGUUGACGGGACGUAUCUUUCUUCCUUCGAACCACACGGCAGCUUCUUACAUCAUAGCCGUACCUCACCAGUCGUCGGCACAGCGUUCCAUCCACAUAGAAUGGUCCUAGCUUGUUCUACCCUUUACGAUAAUUACGUCAAUCUCGUCACUUGCUAA